CCACAGUGGGAGAACAAGCAGCCCAUCUCAUUCCGCCGCUUUCUCAGCAUCCAUUGCAGAGGAGCGACCCGCAUAAAAUGUAAAUUGGAGAGAAACAGGCGGUAAAAUCCAUUGAUGAGGGAGGAUACUAUAGAAAAGAAGACAUAAUCCAGGCUCACUGGUAUCCACUGUGACAUCUUACAGCUUUGGCGGAGGUGCGUGAAAGUUUCCAUCCUUGAAAGAGGGGGGGGCACCCUCCCCUGAUGUGGGGAUGAACAGCAGAUGCUGAAAUUCACUCUGAAGAAAAGAGAAGAGCUAUUGAGGAGAGGACCAACUGGAUUCACUUGCAGUGGAGCUGGUAGUAAGCACCAUAUGAGAAUUUACAGUUUCUCCUUUGGUUUUCUCAUCUUGGUUAGUUUUUACACCAGUCUUUAAGAAGACAUUAUCUCACUGUGUCAGGGUGGAAUACUACGGUGAAGGCAAACCAGACAUCGUCUUAUACCAGGAAAGUAUGAAGCCAAUGGAUUAUAUACAAAUUCUGUGAAGGACAUCCUGCUUACAAAAAGAAAGCUCUGAUCUGAAGCAGCUUUAGAUUGGGUUCUGAUUCAUAGAGACUUGAAGGAUUUGGACCUUUUUUCCUUUGAUGUGGAGCAGCACUGAUCUUAGUUUUUGACGGCUGAUCUUGUGGACUAUAGGAGUUAGGAUAAUAUUUGAAGAGUAUCUGCAUGCAGAGCCCUCCAUCCAUUUUCCUUCAAAGCAGAAAUGCUCUUCGCGCUCCUGUUUGGGUCGAAAAUCCUGGAUUUAGCUCCAUCCAUCUACCAAUAAACUCUGAGCAGCUUUCCUGUCCUUGCUUGCAGUACAUGUUCUACCAUGUAGACGGCUUGGGAGUAAGUGACCUGUGAAUAGAGUCACACCGGGGAUUUUCUAAAGGACUCCUUUGGUUCUGUAAAAGUGUACGAACGUCGGCCAGCGGAUAAAAGACAAAAAGUAGAAGCAAACCACCAGAAGAGGAGAGAAAAGAACAGAGCAUGGCUGAGAGGAUGAUUGCAUCUGAAAGUGAACCGUGACAGAAUGGUGGACUGUAUGAACAGAGUCAUGCUGCACACGGUCGUCUCAUGUUGGCAGCCAUUUCUUGGACUGGCACUUAUGGCUGCCUUUGUCAGCUCUACCUUGGGAUGUCCCUCACGCUGUGAGUGCUCAGCACAGACCAAGGCAGUUGUCUGUCACCGCAAGCGAAUGCCCACCAUCCCAGAUGGCAUCCCAACAGAGACCAGGAUCUUGGAUCUGAGUAAAAAUAAGCUCACAAUGAUCAACCCUGAUGACUUUAUUGCCUUCCCUGGGCUGGAGGAGCUUGACCUCAGUGGAAAUCUUAUCAGCUAUGUUGAGCCUGGAGCUUUUAAUGCCUUGUUUAACAUGCACUCACUCAGUCUUAAGAGUAAUCGAAUCAAGCUCCUCCCUUUGGGUGUUUUCACAGCCCUAACUAAUCUUACUCAACUUGAUAUAAGUGACAAUAAAAUUGUCGUCCUUUUGGAUUAUAUGUUCCAGGAUUUGCAUAAUCUGAGGGCUUUGGAAGUAGGUGAUAAUGAACUGGUCUAUAUCUCUCACCGUGCAUUCAGUGGACUCUUAAGCUUGGAGGAGUUAACACUAGAACGAUGCAACCUUACUGUUGUACCAACUGAGGCCCUCUCACAUCUGCACAACCUAGUCAGCCUUCAUCUCCGUUACCUCAGCAUUAGCACUUUGCAUCCGUACUCAUUCAAUAAGCUUUUCCGGCUUCGGCAUUUGGAAAUUGAUAACUGUCCAUCUUUAGACCACGUGCCCGCUAAUACCCUUCAUGGCCUAAACCUGACAACAUUGUUCAUAACCAACACCAACUUAUCCUCUUUUCCUUACCAAGCCCUUAAGCAUCUGCCCUACCUGACCCACCUCAACUUGUCCUACAACCGUAUCAGGCACAUAGAAGGAGGGAUGCUGAUGCAGCUGGUACGUCUGCGUGAGUUACAUCUAGUUGGAGCUCAGCUUACUGCCAUUGAACCAUACGCUUUUCAAGGUCUUCGUGGACUCAAAGUCCUCAAUGUCUCUCACAACCGCCUGGACACCUUGGAAAAGGGAGUAUUUCAGUCUCCCGAAGCUCUUGAAGUUCUACUGAUUGAUAACAACCCCUUGGUGUGUGACUGUCGUCUUAUGUGGAUUCUGCAGAAAAAGCACUCUAUCUUUUUUGGAGACUCACAGCCGGAAUGCAGCACACCUGAGGGGAUUCGUGGAAGGCCUUUUAAGGAGUUUAAGGAAGCUCUCCUGUCCUAUUAUGUAACAUGCACCAAGCCAAAAAUUCGAGAGAAUAAAACCCAAACAAUUACUGUUGAUGAGGGCCAGCAGGCAAUGCUUCGCUGCAGUGCUGAAGGGACACCAAGGCCAACUGUGUCAUGGCUGUCCCCACGUCGACGAGUAUUGACAAGUCGGAAUCAUGGAAGACUUAUGGUCCAUAACAAUGGCACAUUAGAGAUUAAGUCUGCUGAGAUACAAGACAGUGGAGUGUACAUUUGCCUGGCCUCCAACACUGCUGGGAAUGACACACUUAUGGCUUCAUUAGCGGUGAAAAGUCUGGGAUCCCUGUAUGCCAACAGGACCCAGCAUUAUACAGACCCCAACAAUGCCACUGCAAACGAAACAGCCAACAUUUCCCUUGGUUUGGACCUGAAGACUAUUUUAGUAUCCACAGCUAUGGGUUGUUUCACCUUUUUGGGAGUCGUUUUGUUUUGCUUCCUGCUCCUUUUUGUGUGGAGCAGAGGAAAAGGAAAACAUAAAAACAACAUUGAUGUUGAGUAUGUACCUCGGUCAAAGUCCAAUGGUACUAAUGUUGAUUCAGCAGAGGGACAAGCUGGUCCUCGUCGUUUUAACAUGAAAAUGAUGUAACUUAAAUAUACGUAUAAAUAGAGAGAGAGACACAGAGGAUGACUGGAUUAUGGAAAUGCCUGAAGUAUAAAGUAUUUUUUUGAAAAUAGGAUGACUGAAAAAGGUUGUGAAAUGUUUAAUGGUACCUAAGAUAAUGGGACAUGCCAUGAAUCACUGGAUUGUAAAAUAAUACCAGGAUACCAUGUUUCAGCUAUGAAAAGCACAUCACAAGUCUUACAUAACUGCCAGCUGGGAACUUCUAAAAUGAGGCAUGGAAGCAGUUGUCGCCAUGAGGACCUAAAGGCAAAAGGUGUCAUGUAUUAACUUUUUGAAAUUUGUAUGUAAAAAAAAAAGAAGCCCUUGCUUUUGGGUUACAGACUUAUCUAAACAAUGUACAGUAUGAAUUUGUAUCUAAGCUAUUAACCUACUUUGUUUAGUCCUGCGUCAUGCUUAUUCACUGAACAAUGAGAGACCAUGAUUUCUUCUGUUCAGUACAAUGUUUACUGGAUGCUUCAUUAUGUACCUGUGUGGAUUUUCAUUCAAAAGAACAUAGCAAUAUUCAUGGUUUGCAUUAGCCAAAAUUCCAAACCCACACCUUCAGCAAGAACAACUUUUCAUUGAGUUUGGAAGGGCUUCUACAGAUGAUUUUCUGCCCUUGUUCCCCCAGUUGCCACCUGGGUUAUAUAAAGGCUUAUAGAAUUUACUAAUAAUAAUAUUUAUGAAAAAUGUUCCUAAUUUUGCAAAAGCCCAUGUUCUAACAACUUUCAGAUCUAACAUUAACCUUUGAUCAUCCUGAAAAUUACCUGGUAUAUAUCGAGGUACAGACAGAUACCUUUUGUCCUGUUUUUGUCUCUUUUUUUUUUCUUUUUACUUUAACAUUAUCUCUGCUGAUUGACUAAUUACAUGUGUCAAUUUUACAAACGUGACAUUUGCAUAAUUUUUACCCUGUAGAAAAUUUGGACUUUGUUGUGGUAGUUCUUCAUUUUGUUGUUGAAUCAUUUAGAUUGUAAAAAA